GUCCACUUGCCUGGCUUUAGGAAGCAUGACGGACACGCCGAAGGAAGGCAAGCUGGCCAGGUUCCUGGACUUCACCCAGCUCGUCGACAUGGCGUCGGAGGCCGUAGGAGGAAAGGUUUUAUUUGCAACUGACGAUUUUUUUGCACCUGCAGAGAACCUCAUAAAGAGCGACAGUCCGAGCUUCAGAGAACAUGAAUACACUGAGUUUGGGAAGUGGAUGGAUGGCUGGGAGACCAGGAGGAAGAGGGUUCCAGGUUAUGACUGGUGUGUCAUCCGGCUGGGCAUACAAGGAGUGAUCCGCGGCUUUGACGUGGACAUCUCUUACUUCGCGGGAAAUCACGCACCUCGAAUGUCCAUUCAAGCAGCAAACCUGGAAGAAGAAAAGCUACCGGAAAUCCCCCCGAGAGGCGUCAGGACGGGAUGCGCGGCCUCGCCCGAGGAGUUGGAGGCCAUUGCCGCGCUGAAAUCCAACAACUGGAGUCACCUGGUCGCCAUGACAGAGCUCAAGACAGGAAGCCCUAGUUGCAGCCAUAACUACUUUCUCAUCAAUUCCCAGCAGAAGUGGACCCACGUGCGGCUCAACAUCUUCCCAGAUGGUGGAGUUGCACGCCUUAGAGUGUAUGGGACUGGACAGAGAGACUGGACGGCAAUAGAUUCCCAGGAACCUGUUGACCUGGUGGCCAUCGCCUUUGGGGGUGUCUGCGUAGGGUUCAGCAAUGCACACCGUGGGCACCCCAACAACGUGAUAGGAGUUGGCAGGGCAAAGUCCAUGGCUGACGGCUGGGAGACGGCAAGGAGGCUGGACCGGCCCCCAGUGUUAGAAAAUGAUGAAAAUGGCAUUCUCCUGAUUCCAGGUUGUGAAUGGGCAGUUUUCCGACUGGCACACCCGGGAGUAAUAACUCAGAUUGAAGUAGACACGAAAUAUUUUAAGGGCAAUUACCCCGACAGUUGCAGAGUGGACGGCUGCGUCCUGACCAGUCAGGAAGAGGAGGACAUGAUCAAGCAGAAGUGGAACUUUCCGACCCAGAAGUGGAAGCCGCUGCUGCCAGUCACCAAGCUGUCGCCCAACCAAAGCCACGUCUUCAGCAGCCUGACCCUGGAGCUGCAGGACGUCAUCACGCACGCCCGGCUCUCCAUCAUGCCCGACGGCGGGGUCAGCCGCCUCCGCCUCCGCGGCUUCCCCAGCUCCAUCUGCCUCCUGCGGCCCAGCGAGAAGCCUGCCUUGAGGUUCUCAGUGAAGGGAGGCUUCAGAACCAACCUUUAA